AUGGACACGAAACUCCACCGACACCGACACAGCCGCCGGAGAUCCGCUUCACCGGAAAGUCCCACACGCGAUGUAAGAGACAGACAUUACUACGUAGGGGAAGCGGAGGAGUUUGGUGCUGAAUUAGAGAGGCGAUCCCGCCUAACCCAAGGGGAAAGGAUGGUAGACGACGGGAGUAAACUACAACGGCAGCUCGAGCAAGAUGCCGCAAUGACAAUUCUCCUACAGCCGUCCCCGCCAAUACAUAUGAGACGAGCACAUUGCCGGGCAAACGAAUGUUUUAUCACAAAUACGUCGCUAAGAGGAGAUAGCCUGAUCAUGGCUGAUUACAGAAUUGCCCUUGUGAGCCAUAACCUCGAGUAUUUCCACAUAUCGUGCCUAGAGAAGAUGAUCGAUCUUCCAUCGCUAGCGCCGUCUCGAUUCAAGCUCUACACGGAUGGUUAUCGGUGGAAUAGCGGCUGGCCUUGGACAUGGGGCCUGAUGUUGCGGAAAUGGUUCCAGCAUAGUGGUUUCAUAUAUGAUUCAGAAGCCAUCUAA